AUGGUGCCACAGAGUUAUGACGAUAUCAUCAUAACCCCGAAAAAUGUAAAGAUACUGAAUAAUUUAAGUGAUUAUUCGCAAACUGCCUUAGAUUAUUUUAGUUACGAUUUUAAGACUAUUGAAUUUGAACAAUGCUGGUCAUUGUUAAAAAAUUACAGUUCUUUUAAUUUCGAAACAAAAUUAAUAGAUGGUAAAAGAAUUAGAUUACCUAGUUGUUCAUUAGAAGAUAAAUUCGAUUACGAUCUUUAUUUAAAAAGACUACAUCAUUGUGUUUGGAGACGUUGGUCGAUGUCAUUAAAAAAUUCGAAUAAUAAUCUAAUCGAUCCAUUAAGUAUCAAUUGGAAUAAAGAAAAUGACUUAACAGUUUUAUAUGGUCCAGAUUUCUAUUCAACUGAAAAAGAUUCUUUGCUUAAAAAAAAUACUCCACCUUUAAAAAAUAUUACUAAUAAACAUUUAGAAGCUGUCAUGACACAUAUUCAACACCUCCAUUUAAAAUCAAAAGGUAAACUGUUUACUGAAGAUAUUCCAGAAGAAUUAGAAUAUUCCUCGGAUUCACGUUCAUCUAUUUCUUCAGGUUCUUCAUCUGGUUCUGGUGCAAUUUUUGAUAACUCACAUGAACAACAACAAUCAAGACUAAAUAAAAAAUCAAAAUUAUUAAACUUCAAUGAUUUUGUAGUAAGAUGGGAUAUUGAUGAAAAUGGUCUUUGUUAUGAAUCUCAUAACUACAUUAACGACCUGAGGUUCUGA